AUGUAUUCCUCUUCUUCUUCCUCCUCUUUGACCACCCUAAUUAAAUUGGGAGUUCUUCUUCUCCUUCACGUAUCAUUUUCUCAUGCUCAACUAAGUCCUUCCUUUUACGACAAAACAUGUCCACAAGUCUUUAACAUUGCAACUAAUACCAUUGUCGAUGCUUUGAGAUCAGACCCUCGCAUCGCGGCCAGCAUCCUUCGUCUUCAUUUCCACGACUGCUUUGUUAAUGGAUGUGAUGCAUCGAUAUUGUUAGACAACACAACAUCGUUUAGGACAGAGAAAGACGCGUUUGGGAACGCAAAUUCAGCUCGAGGCUUUGAGGUCAUCGACAAAAUGAAGGCUGCCGUGGAAAAAGCAUGUCCUAAAACCGUUUCAUGUGCUGAUUUGCUCACAAUCGCAGCUCAAGAAUCUGUCGUUUUGGCGGGAGGUCCUUCAUGGAUGGUACCAACUGGUAGAAGAGACGGUUUGAGAGGAUUUAUGGAUCUUGCUAAUACAAACCUUCCGGCUCCAUUCUUUACUCUUAAACAACUUAAGGAUGCCUUCAAAAACGUCGGCCUCGACCGUCCUUCUGAUCUGGUUGCUCUUUCCGGUGGUCACACUUUUGGCAAAAACCAAUGCCGGUUUAUAAUGGACCGACUUUACAACUUCAGUGGCUCCGGUUCGCCCGACCCAACCCUUGAUAAAUCUUACCUUAAAACACUUAGAAAACAAUGUCCUCGCAAUGGGAACCAAAAUAUCUUGGUGGAUUUUGAUUUGCGUACCCCAACAGUUUUUGACAACAAAUACUAUGUGAAUCUCAAAGAGAACAAAGGUCUUAUCCAGACCGAUCAAGAGUUAUUCUCUAGCCCUGAUGCUUCAGACACUAUCCCCUUAGUCCGAGCAUUCGCUGAUGGGACGGAUAAAUUUUUCAAAGCGUUCGUGGAGGCGAUGAUAAGGAUGGGAAACCUUUCACCUUUAACAGGGAAACAAGGAGAAAUCAGAUUGAAUUGUAGGGUGGUGAAUUCGAAACCAAAGAUCGAGGAUAUGGUAGAUGAUAAUGACUUUGUCAGCUCAAUAUGA